AUGAGCCAGCCCAGGCCCCGCUACGUGGUAGACAGAGCUGCCUACUCCCUCACCCUCUUCGAUGAUGAGUUUGAGAAGAAGGAUCGGACGUACCCACUGGGAGAAAAACUUCGCAAUGCCUUCAGAUGUUCCUCGGCCAAGAUCAAAACCGCAGUGUUCGGGCUGUUCCCCGUGCUCUCUUGGCUCCCCAAGUACAAGAUCAAAGAUUACAUCGUCCCUGACCUUCUGGGUGGCAUCAGCGGUGGAUCCAUCCAGGUCCCACAAGGCAUGGCAUUUGCUCUGCUGGCCAACCUUCCUGCUGUCAACGGCCUCUACUCCUCCUUCUUCCCCCUCCUGACCUACUUCUUCCUGGGGGGUAUCCACCAGAUGGUGCCAGGUACAUUUGCCGUUAUCAGCAUCCUGGUGGGUAACAUCUGUCUGCAGCUGGCCCCAGAGUCGAAAUUCCGGGUCUUCAACAAUGCCACCAAUGAGAGCCAUGUGGACACAGUGGCCAUGGAGGCCGAGAGGCUGCACGUGUCGGCAACGCUAGCCUGCCUGACUGCCGUCAUCCAGAUGGGCCUGGGCUUCGUGCAGUUCGGUUUUGUGGCCAUCUACCUCUCUGAGUCCUUCAUCCGGGGCUUCAUGACAGCCGCUGGCCUGCAGAUCCUGAUCUCCGUGCUCAAGUACAUCUUCGGACUGACCAUCCCCUCCUACACAGGCCCAGGGUCCAUCGUCUUUACCUUCAUUGACAUUUGCAAAAACCUCCCCCACACCAACAUCGCCUCGCUCCUCUUCGCCCUCAUCAGCAGCGUGUUCCUGGUGCUGGUGAAGGAGCUCAACGCCCGCUUCAUGCACAAGAUCCGCUUCCCCAUCCCUACAGAAAUGAUCGUGGUAGUGGUGGCAACAGCUAUCUCUGGGGGCUGCAAGAUGCCCAAAAAGUAUCACAUGCAGAUCGUGGGAGAGAUCCAACGCGGGUUCCCCACUCCCGUGUUGCCUGUGGUUUCACAGUGGAAGGACAUGAUUGGCACAGCCUUCUCCCUGGCCAUCGUGGGCUAUGUCAUCAACUUGGCUGUGGGCCGGACUCUGGCCAGCAAGCACGGCUAUGACGUGGAUUCUAACCAGGAGAUGAUCGCCCUGGGCUGCAGCAACUUCUUCGGCUCCUUCUUUAAAAUCCAUGUCAUUUGCUGUGCUCUCUCUGUCACUCUGGCUGUGGAUGGAGCUGGAGGAAAAUCCCAGAUGUCAAGCCUGUGCGUCUCCCUGGUGGUGAUGAUCACGAUGCUGGCCCUGGGGUCCUAUCUCUACCCUCUCCCCAAGGCUGUGCUAGGAGCCCUGAUUGCUGUCAACCUCAAGAACUCCCUCAAGCAACUCGCCGACCCCUACUACCUGUGGAGGAAGAGCAAGCUGGACUGUUGCGUCUGGGUGGUGAGCUUCCUCUCUGCCUUCUUCCUGAGCCUGCCGUAUGGUGUGGCAGUGGGUGUCGGCUUCUCCACCCUGGUUGUGAUCUUCCAGACCCAAUUUCGAAAUGGCUAUACUUUGGCCCAAGUCAUGGACACUGACAUUUAUGUGAAUCCCAAGACCUAUAAUAGGGCCCAGGAAAUCCAAGGGAUAAAGAUCAUCACUUACUGCUCCCCACUCUACUUUGCCAACUCGGAAAUCUUCAGGCAAAAGGUCACUGCCAAGACAGGUGUGGACCCCCAGAAAGUAUUGCUGGCCAAGCAAAAAUACCUCAAGAGGCAGGAGAAGAGGAGAAGGCUGCCCAUACAACAGAGGAAGUCCCUAUUUAUGAAAAACAAGACUGUCUCCCUGCAGGAGCUUCAGCAGGACUUUGAGAAUGGCUCCCCAACGGACCCCAACAACAACCAGACGCCUGCUAAUGGCGCCAGCGUGUCCUACAUCACCUUCAGCCCUGACAGCUCCACAGCUGCCAGUUGUGAGCCCCCGGCCUCUGCUGAGCCCAGUGACAUCCUGGCCAGCGUCCCACCCUUUGUCACCUUCCACACCCUCAUCUUCGACAUGAGUGGGGUCAGCUUUGUGGAUCUGAUGGGCAUCAAAGCCCUGGCCAAGCUGAGCUCCACCUACGGGAAGAUCGGUGUGAAGGUCUUCUUGGUGAACAUUCAUGCCCAGGUGUACAAUGACAUUAACCAUGGUGGCAUCUUCGAAGAUGGGUGCCUAGAGCGCAACCACGUCUUUCCCAGCAUACACGACGCAGUCCUGUUUGCCCAGGCAAAGGCCAGGGAAGUGGCCCCAGCACGUACCUUCCAAGGGGCUCCAGUGGACCCCGAGCUCUCUUCGUAUGAUUCGGAGGAGGACAGUCCCAGCUGCUGGGACUUAGAGCAGGAGAUGUUCGGCAGCAUGUUUCACACAGAGACCCUGACCGCCCUGUGAGGGCCCAGCCGGUUCCCAUGCUGCCUGCAGAGCACCUGGUACCUGGGACUCCCAUGAAGGAUGAGCCUGGGAUCAUGGAGAGUGGCGGGUAGAGGAGAACACCUCCACCAGGACUCCAGUACCUCUCCACCCUCCUCCUCCUCUCUCAUUCCCCUCCCAGCAUCUCUAGAGCAAGUCAAUCUCAAUGGCAGGGAGAGACACCUCUUCAUCCUUCUGCUGACCCUCAGGGCCCCAGCCAGCAACAAGCAAGCCUC